CAGCAGCAGCAGCAGCAGCGCAGUAUCUGGGACGAGCCCAUCCAGUUCAGCACCAAGACCAAAGAUGCCUGCACCAUGGUGGUGUCCGGAGCCGGGGACUAUACUCGCCUGCGUGUCUCCUGCAAGGGUCCAAGCCAGGGCCAGAACCCAGGACGCUCCUACUACUGCGACUUCCAGGGUAAACCUAACUUGUGCCGUGCCUACAACCUGAACCCCCGCCACUACUUCACCCAGAUGAUGUGGGAGAUGAGGAAGCUGAGCCACGCCUGCCAGGGACCAAAAGUCUACCGCCCCCAGAUGUGUAAGAAAUAUCCCGACGAGGCCCAGAUGACCUUCCUGGCCGCCUGGCCCAAGACCACCACCCCUAAGCCAUCCAGGCCCAGCCAGAGCCAGGAGCAGCGCAGACCAGUAGUGCCAGUCCAGACCAAGCCCGUCACCACCCCUAAGUCUGCCAAGCCUCAGCACCAGCCUGUGAAGCCCCAGACAGGCAGGGGCAGCCAGCCCAGGAAACCUACCCCCAAGCCUGGAAAGACCACUCCACGUCCCACAGAUCACUCUCAGUCCAAGGCUUCCCGCCUGGCCUCAGAGUACUGCUGGAGGAGCUUCCAUGGUAUCUGCACCUACUUCAUCAGCUGGUUCCAGAACUGAAACCUCUGCCACAGACACAGGUUAGUAUCAUCAGCGAUGGACCCAGAACACUUGGGUAGUUUUGACCUCUACAGGAUCUUUGUGGAAAGCC